AUGUCGCAAUCACCAGUCUCGAGUCUAAAAUACCGCAUCAGGCCCGGCACGUUCUUCGAUGUGCCCGCCGUGACUGGAAUUUAUGCCUCGGCAUUCUCUACUGAACCAUUGAUCGAUUUCCUCUUUCCUGCGAGAAGACAAGAUCCCGUUUCGUUCUACGCAUGGGCUUAUCGGAGAAUGCAAUGCCGAUACUGGACGUUAGGCUACUCGCUCACUGUUGUCGCGGAUGAGCAUGAUUAUCCUGUCGGAUUUUCCUGGUGGAAGCGUCCAGAUGAGUCUUACACAGUAUUGCAGAGAAUUCUAUCUUCCGCUUUCUGGGUAGGUCCAAUCAUGAAUACCUUCACAGCCAUCAGGAACUACCUCUUCCCUGCUCAUGGACUUAACGAAAAACAUGUGGAAAUCUCAAAGAAGGCUUUCUCGGCUGUGGAGCCUCAUAUACUCGACACGCCACGCAGACAAAAAGCGCAGUAUCUGUCUUUGCUUGCUGUGGACCCAAUUCUUCAGGGACAAGGUCUCGGACCAAUGCUGCUCGAGCAUGGUCUACGCAGAAUGGAUGAGGAGGACUCAGCGGCGUGGUUGGUCAGCUUGGCUAAUCUGGAAAAGUUUUAUUCAAGAUAUGGAUUUGCUGAGACAGUGAAAGUUGAGAUGGAAGGGUUGGAGGACUGGAAAGGUGGAAUGGCUAUGCUGAGAGAUUGA